CUUCUUUUUCGAUUUCUUGUCAAAUGAUGCUAAAAAUUAUUCCAUCUUGACCAGCAAGGCAGCGACAUGGCAAAAUCUUGAAUCUCAGAUUAAAUGCUGCUCUUAAAGAGCAAGUGAUUUCAACUUUUAAUCAAAGUGUGUUUAACGGUAAGCUUUAAAGAGGUUACAUUACAAAAUUUGUCCAAAAUGAGCAUUAGAGUAUGUGUGACUGAUAUGCAUACUGGUGGUGAGCCUCUACGUAUAAUAACUUCUGGGUAUCCGGAGAUAAAAGGUAAUACGCUACUGGAAAAAAGACGUUAUGUAAAAGAUCAUUUAGAUCAUAUGCGUACAUUUCUUAUGCAUGAACCUAGGGGUCAUUUUGAUCAGUAUGGUGCAUUGUUAGUCGAACCUGACAAUAAAGAAGCUGAUAUUGCUGUGCUUUUCAUGCACAAUGAGGGUUAUAGUACAAUGUGUGGGCAUGCAAUAAUUGCUUUGGGAAGGUAUGUGGUUGACAACAAGUUAAACAAAAGUUGUUCAAAUGUUUUCAAUGGCUAUGCUGAAACAAAAAUCCAAUGCCCUUGUGGAAUGGUGCGGGCUAGAGUGGAAAUAAAUAAUGGCAGAUCCGGUGCUGUAAGUUUUGUUAGCGUUCCGGCAUUUGCAUACCGAAUUGAUGUAACUGUCAAACUUCCAUCUUAUGGGGAAGUCAAACUUGAUAUUAGUUUUGGUGGAGCAUUUUAUGCUUUAGUAGAUGUUAAUCAAGUUUCCUUGAAUUUACUGGAAACUCCAUCAACAAGUCUAAUUACUUUUGCUAAUGAAGUAAUCAGAGUUGUCAAAGAAAAUUUUAAAAUAACUCAUCCAUUUGAGGAAGACCUCUCGUUUUUGUAUGGUGCAAUAUUAACUGAUGGUAAUGACUCAAAUCCUAAUGAAGUCUCAAUAAAUUUGUGUAUAUUUGCUGAUAGCCAGCUUGACCGCUCUCCAACUGGUUCAGGUGUUACAGCUCGAAUGGCCUUACAGCAUGCUAAGGGACUUGUGGGUGUUAAUGAACAACGUUCUUUUGUAAAUUCAAAAACGAGAAGUAAAUUUACUGGAGAGAUUGUACAAACGACUAAGUUUGGAGGAUAUGAUGCCGUUCAGGUUAAAGUUGAAGGACAUGCGUACUAUACAGGAGAGAGUGUAUUUUAUAAUGAGGAUGGUGAUACGUUAUCUGGUGGCUUUCUUAUUAAAUAAUGUUUUCGACCAAGUACAGUCUACUUUGGAUGUUGAAUAUUUGUGCUUUUUGUAUUAUACAUUUACAUGCCGUACGUAACAACGUGUAAAAAUUAUUACUUUA